GGAGAGCCGCAGCAGGGCUGAGAGGGCAGUUGGAAACAGGCACAUGAGUGGGGAGGAGAGUUAGGAAACGAGACAAGGGGUGGGGUAAUAGUCCGGGAAGGAGGGAGCAGAGGUGGAAGGCGCUGGGAGAAGAGACAUUUAGGAGGGAAUAUUAUAGUACAAUUGUUCCUGGGCGCGGAAGGAAUCAUCAUCACAUCUGUGUAUGUAACAGAGGGGGGUUCUCUGAGACACGCCCCCUCCCGCGCGGCCCCCCAGUGCGGGCUGAGCAUCUGGCAGCAGCAUACCAAGCAUAUCUCCUUUUUUAUGAAGUCAUCAAGAUGUCCUCCGAAAGUGAGUCCCCUUCCUCCCCGGGCGAGGAACAACAAAUGCUUAGGAUAGAUGAGCGUCACCAGUUGCUACAAGCUGAGCAAGAGGGAACACAGAAAAGAACAUUUACCAACUGGAUUAAUUCCCAGUUAUCAAAGCAUCCACGCUCUUCUGUUCUGACGGACCUGUUUUCCGAUAUCCAAGAUGGACACAAGCUGUUGGACUUGCUGGAAGUACUUUCUGGGAUGGAUCUGCAACGAGAAAAAGGGAACAAUGUAUUCCAGGCCAGAAGCAACAUAGCCACUGCUCUGACCUUUCUAGAACAAAGAUCAAUCAAGCUCAUUAAUAUUCAUAUUCAGGACAUCAUUAGUGGGAAGCCUUCCAUUGUACUUGGCCUAAUUUGGAAAAUCAUUUUGCAUUUCCAUAUUGAAGGCCUUGCUGAAAUAGUAGCUGACACAGAUAGUGGACAGCAGAACAAAAGUGAAAGCAAGGUUGUGCCAUCUCCAACAGCAAGUCCACCAGCUAAGAAAAGUGCUACGUCAAGGUGGAAGAAUUCAGCUAGAAAGGUGCUUCUACAGUGGGCAAAUGAGCGCUGUGCUGGGCAUGGAUCUCUCAGUGUGACAGACUUCAAAUCAAGCUGGAAGAAUGGCCUGGCUUUCCUAGCCAUCAUCCAAUCGCUGAGACCUGAAAUUGUUGAUAUGGACAAGCUAAAGGGGAAAUCGAAUGAAGAAAACUUACAAGAGGCGUUCAGAUUAGCAGAGCAAGAAUUAAAAAUUCCAAGGCUACUGGAACCUAAAGAUGUAAAUAUUCCUAAUCCUGAUGAGAAGUCCAUCAUGACAUACGUGGCUCAGUUCUUACUAUAUGCAAAGUCUGCUGAGGGACCUAAGAAGGAUGUACAGGAACAUGUAAGCAAGACCAUAGAGUGGUUGAAUUCAGAAGAAGAGAAAGUAAAACAGUUAUUUUCUGAAAUGAAAACCGAGAACUACACAAAAAAAUAUCAAGAAAUGUUACUAUUCAUGAGAAAGUUUAAUGAACAAAAGCGAAAUUUCAUGUCUGGUUUAGAGCUGAGGUCUCUUCCAGCUAAUGAACAACAGCUAAUUAGACAAUCAUUGGCAAACAUAACAUCUCAGAUUGCUGAGUGGAAAAUGCAGCUGGAUCUUGGCUUGCCGUCUCCUCUCAAUGAUGUGGAAUCCUGGCUUUUGAAGGUGGAAGAUCUAAUGUCACACAAAAUACCUGAUACAGAAACACACUACAAUGCUGUUUCUCUUCUUCAGAAUGCAUCUGCAUCCUUCAGGGAGCUGUUGGCCAGUGCUGCUUCUCAUACACAAAUGCUGCAGACAUUUAACAAUGUAGAUGACAAUGGCUUUGUUCUUGUCCCUACCGAUAAAAUUGAGGAGAUGAAAAUACGGUUGGAGAAAAUUACAGAUGCAGACUUCAGCCUGAUGCUAGAUUACCGCUGCUCUGGACAUUUUAUUCUUGCUUUGCUAGAUGAAGGCAGGCCAAAGCUCAAAACAUGGAGUACCAAGUGCAAGACGCAGGGGAUGGCAGAAUCCCUUCUUGCAGAUUGGAAAGAGUUUAUUGAAGAAAUGGAUUUUUUGAUUCGCCUUCAGGCGGCAUUUCAGAAUUUUGUAGAAAUAAAGGAUAAAUUAUUAGCUAUGUAUACGGAUGAUUCAGAAAUCUCAAAAGAUUUUGAAAUGAUCAACAUGAAAUAUAGGGAGUUUGUGAAUCUGAUUCACCUGGCAAGCUCCAACCUGGAAAAUCUCCUCUUGACUUGGACUCAUUAUGAAAAUAAUAUCAGCCUUAUUACUGGUUGGCUGGAUGAGCAGGAGAGGAUAGCUCCCACUAAAGUUCCUGCAGAGAUUUUAUCCAAAUGGAAAUCGGUGCAUGCUUCCUUAAAUACUGAUGCAACAUUCCUGAAAGAGCGAGUCCAUGAAAAGACUGCACUGAAAGUAUCUGCCGAGCUGAAAUAUGUCAAUACUAAAUGGACCAAAUUUGUUAAAAGACAAGAAAAGAUAAAACCGAAGGUGGAUGGAAAGGCCACCAACUUGGGGCCAAGUGCUAGCAAACAUGAGAAGAAGCUAACUGAACCUUUACUUAUAUCAGCUGACUCACUGAGGAUAUAUAUUGAAAAUAUGCAGGGAGUAAAGGAGAAUGAUGCUCUGCAGCCGGUAUGCAAUCAGAUUUGUAGCCGUGUGGAAAGGAUUGAAUCCAUCAUUUAUUCUGCUGAACAAUGGCCUUCCACAGCUGAGACUUUUUUUCUGAGCACUGAUCAGCUCAAACUCAUGGAUGGGUCCCUCACUAAUGACCUUCAGGAUUUGUGUGCACAAGGGGCAAAGUGCCAGGAGCAGAUUUCGGAGGCAGAGAAGGAAAUGAAAGCAGUGCAACAAAUUAUCCUCAGCCAUGAUGAACUGAAGCAUUUUAAUACAAAUGGAAUUCAGGAAAAACUUGCACUAAUCACACAGAAAGUCCAGAUGCUGAUGUCUCGAUUAAGCGAUGCCCUCGCCUCCCCAGAAUUGCAUUUGUCUGAAAGUGACAUAAAGAACAAGUUUGAAAGUUCAAAGGGUAAACUGGAGACAUACAUAACAACAGCUAUGUGUCUUAUGAGACAAAGAAUUACCCCUGAGGAGUUCAUUUCCCAGUAUGAGAAUACACUGGACAGGUUUGACAAUGAGAAUCUUGAUGAUUUUUUGAAAGUGGCUGAUCAAAUGAAAAGCAUUUCCGCUUCCCAGGAAAAGUCAGCAGUGGAUAAAGUAAGUGUAGACCUUCGGAGUCAGUGGAAGAUUAUUCAUACUGAAAUGGAGUCAUAUGUAUUCCGAUUAAAACUGCAUUUAGAGAAAAAGAAAUUUGAUGAUCUGUUUUGUGAAGCAGAAGAGAAGCUCAGAUUUGAAGAGGAACAUGUUGACCUUGGGGACAGAGAGGAUCUUAUUAGGCAACAUAAGAGGGUGUUCUCUGAGGAUGGCUGUCUGAGCCAGCUGUGCAGAUGUUUACAAGCCAUGAAGUUGCUACUGGCUACCCCCAGGAACACAGAAGAUAAUUCUGCAGCGCAAGCAAUCAUUUCCGAGUGUGUAAGGAAGAAAGCUGAGAUAGAAAAGCGCUCUGGGAAUAUUUAUCUUCAUUUGCUCACUCCCCAUGGAAUGACAAAGAAUGAGAAUAAUUCAGUUGGUUUGGAAAAUGGAUUGAAAUCUGAAACUAGCAAGUCUGCUGGUGCCUACAUGCCCCAAGAGAUUGGAGAGGCUGUCCUUGAGCAUCAUAAUGGUGGUUGGAUUCCUUAUGAAGAAAACAAUGCUAAUUUAAGUUUGGUGUUACAGAGAUAUGAUCAAGAAAAGUCUAAACUAGAACAGUUCUUGCAUAGCUGCAGAAAGACUAUAACUGCUGAUAAUUUCAUGGAUGGCCAAGAUUUGUCCUCUCUUCAUACUAGACUUCAUGAACUUGAGAUAUUACAGUUCCAAGCUAACAUAUACUGGAGACGCUUUGAAACAUUGUCUUGUGAUGCAGAGAAGCUGCUGGAUAUUCCACAAACCAGUAUAUUAAAUGAAAAAAGAGCUGAACUUCAGUCUAACAUGGAAACCUUGAAAGAGGAAUUGCAGAGCAGCGUCCAGUUAUUAUCUGUCACAUUAAAUGUUCUGCUGCCAAUGCAAUCAAAUAAAUCAGAUGAGGAGCUGGAGAAGUUCACCCUGUCAAAUAUAGACUCUGCUUGUCAAGAAUUAAAGGAUGCUAGGGAUGCUGUUGAAGAUCAUCUCCAAAAAUUUGACAUUUUGGAGUCUGCUUCAGAGAGUGGGAAACAACUGAACCAUGUAGCACUGGAAGCAGUACAGUCAAUUAAGACAGAACUAGAAGCGACUUGUGAAACCAUGAGGGAAAAGGAGGCCAUUCUAAAAGCCUUGGAAAGGUUCUUUUCUUCCCUUGAGGCAACUAAAGUUUCCAUAGUUGCACAAGCCAAUGUAUGGGGAAGGGACAAAGCAGCACUAGAAGAAAAACAGAAAAAUCUUACCGCUUUGGAAAAUGAAAUCUGCCACUUGAAUCAAGAAGCUCUACAGCUAGAUGGCCGUCUCCAAGAGGUAGAGAUCUCUCUAGAAGAUCCAGAACAUGGAGGCGACACCUCCUGCCAGAAGCUGAUUGCUGGUUUUCCAGAUAAAGUUGAAAGUGCAAAACAAGCUGUUCUUCAAGAGCUCAGCAACCUGCAUCAGAGAGUUGGGACAGGGGCUGAUGUUGUUUUGCCAGUUCAAAACGAAGUUGCUUUGAAAUGUGAAACCAGCCAGCUAUCUGAGGACCAAACCAUGCAGCAGAUCACUUUAUUAAAUAUGGAUUCAGUAUUGCAGGAAAUAAAGGAUGUUAAGAGCUCCGUUGUAGAUGAAAUUCGGAAAUGUGAAGAUUUGCAAGCAUCUGCCGAGUUAAAUGAAGACCUGAGCCCUGCAGAUUUACAAGAAUUUCACUCUACUCUCCAUGACUUCAAAGCAAACUUAAAGGAAACAAAUAAAGAUGUGAAAGAACGAGAGACUGCACUGAAAGCCUUGAAAAGGUUCCUUUUUUCGCUGAAGACAACCAAGUUAAAUAUCGAAGAGCAGUUUAUAGUGAUGGAAAGGGACAGAACAGCCUUACAAGACAAGCAGACUAAUCUGACAGUCUUGGAAAAAAAAAUUUAUCAACUGGAGAAAGAAGCUCAGCUGCUUGAUGGUUCUCUGGAAAUGGCAGGCGUCUAUUUAGAGGAUCCAGAAAGUGGAGGAAAAACAUCCUGCCAGCUCCUGAUAGCUGGCUUCUCGGAGAGAGUUGAGAGUGCAAAGGAAAAUAUUCUGCAAGAGCUCAGAAACCUGCAGUGGAGAGAAGACCUAGAGAAGCUAGCUGUUAGACAAAAGGAGCUCUGCAAAUGUGUCCAAGACAUUUAUGACAAAGUUGAUCAAAUUGGUUUAAGUGAUCCAACAAUACAUUCUGUAAAGCAAAGAUUGAAACAUUUGAAUGACCUGGAAAAGGAAUUGGAUUCACAUGUUAAUGAGAAAAGAAAUAUUUCUGAAGGACUAACAGAACUUCUGCAAAUUGCACAAGGAAAAGAUUUCAUAGGAGAUGAAGAAUCAGAGAUUUUAUGGGAGGAUACAAGGCAAUAUAUCAUAUACUGCAAAGAGCAGUGUGAGAAGGUAAUGGAACUCCUGCGCAAAUUUCAGAAAUGCAAAGCAACGUUGUCAUCUUUAAUUCAUAAAGGGGAAAUCACAGUGGCACAACAAUCAUCCUACAUGGGAAAAGAAAAUGUUCAAAAGAAGCUCAAUGAGGUUGAGGUUGUGAAAGAGGAAUUUACUGAACGUUCAGAAGAUAUUGAUGAGCUGAGCAGCAUCUGCAAAGAACUGCAAUUCCACCUUAGUAAAAUGAAAGGCUGUGGAAAUCCACCGUUCCAGGAUGAAUCCCACAUGAUUGUGGACAAAUGGUUGGAUGUAAAUGAGAAGUUGGACAGUUAUAGUGAUAACCUGCAAAGUGCUUCCUGCUUAUGGAAUAAAAUCCUUCAGUUAUCAGAGGACAUUGACCAGUGGGCUGAGUGCAAGAUCAAAUAUUGUGAAGGUUCUGAGCUAACAAAGGAUGACGUUUUAUCAUUAAAAGCUGAACUUCAGCUUCAUGAAGAAAAAAUAGAAGCCUUCAGCACAAAAUCCUCACAAGUACAGAAGAUUUUGGAAUCCUGUGAUCCUCCACUAGAGUUACAGGUCAUUAAAACCUCUCUUUUGAAAAAAAUGGAACAAAUCCAUACAUUUUCAGCAAGAGAACCUGGAGGAGGUAGCCAUGGGUCCCAGUUAGAGGAAAAUUUGGGUGCAAAUGAAUCAAAUGAAAUAGGUGUACCCCAUUCAAAUGGUUUAUUUUUGGAGACAGAUCUGAUGAAUUUGGAUAAAACAGAAGAUUUUGAAAGCCUGGAUACUGAGGAUGGCAAAUUUCAGGAUCAGGAGGCAAAUGUGCAAAAGUAUGCCAUGUCUUCAGACACUACAGCAGUGUUGAACAGGGCUACAAAAUGUGAAGCCCCUGUUCAGCAUAAAGGUAUUGAAAGCCUACGUCUGCAGCUGUCUGACCUAAUGAAGAGGAAGGAAUAUUUAUUCUCCAAUCUUCAGCCCGGCUUACAGGAGAAAGUACAACAGCUGGAAAGUUUCAUUCAGUUCUUACAAGAAGUAGAGGAUUUUACUGAUACACUGGCAGAGCUGAAAGCAAAGGAUGCUACUGCUGCCCUUCACUCUGGUGUGAAUGAGUGGAGAGACAUGGAAUAUGUUCACAGAAACUUGAUCAAACAACUACAGGAUACAAGGCAAAUACUAGAAAACCAAGUUCACAGACAUGAGCAAUAUGAAAUCCUCACAGACACUCUAAAUAGCAAAAUGGCUAGAUUCUCUCAAGAGCUUCUUAAUUUUACUAGCUCGUCUUGGGAAAGCGCAGCAGGCGAGCAGAAGAGACAGAAAUUACAGGCGCUGAAAGUUUGGUUUGGAGAGAUGGACACAGACCUAAUGCAGGUACUGGAAUUAGCGGAGCAGGUGAAACAGAGCACGUCUGCACCAGGAGUCAAGGGCAUUCAGGAGGCAACGAGAACUCUUCGGAAUACAAUAGAAGAUCUGAAGGAAAAGCUGCAAAGUCUAAAGCAUGAUAAGUCAUCCUCUUUGUCAGCCAAGAGCAUGAAGCCAUUGAGUAAAGAAAUACCAAGAGCACAGGUGGCUCAGGAGACAGUGCUUCCUAUACAAUCGGACAGUGUUACAGUACCAAAAGUUGGAAGAGGCAGAAAAAAGAAAAAACUGCUUGCUGAACAUGCUCCUAAAGAGCCAGAAGAGUCAGUAAAGGUGGAAGUUUCAGUGAGCGGCCAAAGGAGCACAGACGCAACAAAACAAAAGGAUCAGACUAUUCCUGUGAUGUUGGGCAGCUCUGACAGUGGCUUUAAACAGACUGAAGAAUUUUUCAAGAAUCUAAUGGAAUGGCUUCAAAAUUCAAGAAUAAACCUUCAAAUGUACAAAAACAGCCAAUGCGACGAGGAAAGAUUAAGUGAGAAAAUAGGCACAGUACAGAAUAUGUGUGAUGAAAUUGUUCAGAAGAAAAUUGAUCUGCGUGCAACGGACAAGAAAAGUGAGAAAUUGGAGACAAAAUCAUUAAAAGAGAGCGAAGAAGUAGGAAGGUGGCGUCAAGAGGUCACAGGCCAACUUGAGAGCCUUUUGCUUGACUGUGAUUCAUACAAGGGGCAAUUGGAAACAUCACUGACGGCUUUAACUGUCUGUGCCAAUGAAUUCCAUGUUAUCUCAAGCCUUCUAAACACAGUGGACGAGAAGCUAAUUAGCAGUGAAUCCAUUCCAGGUGACAACGAAAAAGCCGUCCUCCUCCAUGAGAUCCAGCCACUGUAUGAAGACGUAAAGGAUUAUAUUGGGCGUCUGGACCAAGCAUAUAACCAGGCUGUUUGUCAGAACAUUACCUGCAGGGACAGUAAUGGGAGAAAACAUCUGAACAAGAAAUUUAAACUAGUAACUAAAAAGAUGAUGUCUUUUUCCAAACCUGAUGACACAGAACUUAAGCUAAAAGGCGAUAGUGUUCAGAAUGGGGAAAGCUGUGUUAGAAGAAAGACUCUAAAGAAAAAACAAACACGUUCAUCCAAAAAGAAAACAGACAAUCGGCCAACUGAGAGUGGAAAUUUGUUGCCCUCGGAUGAGAUGGCAGCUCAACAGCCUGUUUCUUUGCAGGCAGAAGAUGGCACCACAACUCAAGACCUAAUACCUCUUAAUGAGCAAUAUCGAAAGAACUUAGAAGAUAUUCUUUCCAAAAUUGAAGUCUUUAACAGUGAUUCUGAGAAGGAACACAGCCCACCCAAAGAGACCACCGUGGAAUGGUUGGUUCACCAGAGUAAGCUCCAUUUAACUGGUAAAGGUGUUAAACAGCAGAGAGAUGAUAAUCAAGAACCAUCCGACAUAGCCGAUGUACAAAGGAAAGUCAGUUUUCUGAAAAAGCAGCCAGUGGGUGUGGAUGUUCUGGAAACAGAAUGGCAAGUUCAGGAAAUUAAGAAACUUUGUGAUAUUUUACGACCACCCUUGAUGGAAGAAACAUCGACAGACCAAUUUGAAACAAUUUCUGCUAGCAGUCUUAAUGUAGAAUCCAGAAGGGAAGGCCUGCUCUCUGAUCUGAAGACACUUUGGACACAAAAGCAAAAGGAUGCUCAGUCAAUCAAGGAAUUUCAAAAUGCACUAAGUGCAGCCAAGCAGUCUCUGCAAGUGCUGUUAAAGGAGAAGGACAAUCUGAAAAUGGGGCCUACAGAGAGUCUUUCCAACCAUUUGGAUAAAAUAAAUGAUUUGAUGGCCAAAGUAGUGAAAGAAAAAGAGAAAGUGCACAACCUACUGUCUGCAUUUCCAGAUAUGUGCUGUCUUGGCAUUUCUUCCAUGGAUAAGGAGAAACUAGACAGUGAAAUGAAGCAGCUUGGACAAGACUGGGAGCAAACUGAAAUAACUCUGCAAAAGAAACAGGAUAUCUUAAUAAAAGAAUCUGAUGAACUAACAUUUCUUAAGAAGAGAAUUACUCAAGUGGAGCAGAUGAUACAAGCACAGCAGGAAGCUGUUGGUCCUUUUGCAAAGGAGUGUCUCCACACUUCACUUUUUUUGGCUGCAGACUUACAAACUACUAAACAUUUGCUUGCAUCAUUAAGGAAUGCCUACGAUGUGCAGAUGAAGAGAUCAUGUGUUCAAUAUGAUAGUGCAAGUUUAGAAAGUUCUAUUUGUGAGUUGCAAAACCAACUAGACAAAUUGGAGACCUGCACAAGCAACUGUCAAAUUACUUUGUCUGGAAUCCCUGGUCUCUUAGUAGACCAGUAUCCUUUUGUUGAACCAUUGUAUUUUGCUCUCUUAUGGGUGAAGAAAUCACAUAGUGAUGCUAAGUUGGAUCAUAAUAUUCCACUUUUGCCAGAAGCCGUUGAACAGCAGGUCAUAGACUGUAAUACCUUGCAAGAAAAAAUAGUGGACAAAAAGACUACUGUUGACUCAGGUAUUGAGGAGCUAACACCUAUAUUAUCAGGGAUGGAUGCACCAGUUUCUGAAGCUUUGAGUUCAUUUUUUCAUCAAUUGCAGCUAUUAUACCAGGAACGAUAUAUGCUCUCAGUAGAGAGAUUACAGCAGUUACAGAAUGGGCUUCAAAAAAGAAAAACCCUCUUUUCAGAAAUUGAAAAGCUUAAGGAAUUACUGCAAUACCUGGAAAAAGAAGCAGCUCUAGUCAAAAAGGGAAUAUUUACAGCUUCAGAAUUAUGUGAGCAACUAACUUGUUUGAAGGCCAGGAUAACGCAGUGUGAGGAAAUUGAAGGUCUUGCCUUGACACUUCUCAGAAGCAGCCAGAACCUUUAUGGUGAGCUGCAAAUGGCUGAGCAGUUGUAUUUAAAUGAUAUAUUAAGGAGUCUGAAGAGCAGAGCUAACAGAAUUCGUAGACUGGAAGAGAGGAAGAUUUCUUACAUUGAAAAAGUUUUAACUAUCUUCAAUGAGUUUCAAGAAAAAACAAGCUUGGGUCAGGAAUUAAAUUCUGUGCAAGGUCUUGAGUUACAUCUUCUUAACAAUGAGACGGAAAGCACUGGGGAGAAUUCUGGAAGCAUAGUAGAAAUUGCUCAAAAUGCUGUCCCAUUAUAUGAAGAUCACUUAUCUGAAAUAAGCAGGUACAAAGAAUUGUUCGAAGAUAAUGGACUUCAGUGGGACAAUUCUACUGUCAGCAAGUUACAGAGCAAAUUUUCAAGUUUUGCAAAAAAGCCUGUUGGCCGCAAAAAGCCAUCUGAAGCAGAACAAAUUGAAUAUUCAGAAUUGUUGGAAAAAAUUAAAAUCAUGACAUUUUCUGUACAACGUGAAAUAGCAUCCGUCCUAAGUGGGUUUGAUAUAGUUGAAGCCCAAGUUGCAUGUGCAAAAAUUACGAAAAUAACCAACUUUAUAUCUGAAGCAGUUUCUGCACUCCAUCUCCAGAUGCCUCCUAAUGUCCAAGUCACUCAUUUGGAAGAACAGAAAUUAAAUGGUUUAAAUGAAAAUUUGAAUCAGUUACAUGAAUAUAUCUGCCAACAUAUUGCUGACAUGCAAAGAGAGAGCAGAAAGAAUGGAAAUUCCCAACUCCCACUGUCAAACCUUAGGAAAAUUGACAAAGAACUGCAGCAGCCUUUAAAGAUUAAGUUGGACAUAUAUCGGACCCAAGAGCUAAUGACCAGGUUUGAAACCCUGAAGAAAAUAAGCAAAUCAGAAGUAAACGAUAUAAGGUCAAAUGUGCAGCCUAACACCAAUGUGCAACUCCAUGAAUUAGAUGGAAUUGAAAAAAGCAUUGAAGAGAAUGUGUCAUUGCGUAUUAACAUGGUUCAAGAUGCCUGCAAUACACUUCAGAAGCUUCAUGACACCAUCACUAAAGUGCUGGAGCUCUUUAUACAGUUUGAAACUCAGUUGCGUGACACUUCUGUGGAUCUCACUGCACUUCUGGAUGGAUCAGAGCUUAAAAAUGCACUCACCUCGAAAGAGGAUUUAAAAUCCUUGAUAACUGAAAUUCAAAAACUGUCCAACCAGCCCAAAAUAAGUUUCAGCCCAGAUGAAAAGAAACUACUGGAUAACAUUAUGGGUGAGCUCAUAACCAGGGAUGCUCUGCUCACCACAUUGUAUGACAGAAGAAAAACCUAUUUGGAAAGCUGCCAAGAAAAAUAUCUGAUCUAUAAAGAAAGAUCAAAGAAAAUCUCCAAUGAUCUUAAAGAGGCGGAAACAGUUAUUAGUGAUUCUUAUUCCCAAAAGCCAGUGUCCUACAAAGAAGCACUGGUUUGCUGGGAAAGAGGCAAGGUUUUGGUUGCAAAAUUAUACACGUGUGAAGAGGAAUUGUUGAAUCUCAGACAUGAGGCAAGAGAACUUGGUUCAAUAUUGAAAUCCAGUGACUUCCUGUUUAUUGAAAAAGCAGUGAUGGCAUUAUGGGAUAAAUGGCUGUAUUUACUUGAUGUUGCUCAAAACUGGGAGCUUCACUGUGAAGAACAGAGACAAGAAUGGAAAUUAAUCAGUGAACAGAUGGAAAGAGAAAUGAUACUCCUGGACAAUUUCCAAGAGGAGACACCAGAUAAGAUAGAAAAGAAGGAAGACACCAGACAUAUUCUGGAUUCAGUGCAGGAGUUCAAACACUUUAUGGAAAAUCUGAACAUGCAGCAGCUCCAGCUUUCUCUUCUUAUGAGUCGGAUAAAAAAUAUCCAGAGUACUUCAGAAAACACUGGAGAGACAGAACCAAUUCCAGUUAUCCAAGAAAUUCAGUCAAUGACAAAGAAGUGUGAAAAACUACAACACAAGGCUUCAGUAAAGGAGCGAGAUUUACGCACUGAGCUGCAGGAAAGAAAGAGGGUAAAAGAAGACAUUGCCAGUAUAAGAAAAUCUGUGCAGGAGACUUCAUCUGCAAUACAGAGCAUUGAGACAACAGAUGCAGCAGAGAAAAGGGAGCAGCUCCAGAAACUCCAAACCUCGAUUGAUUCAGAAGGGGAAAAAUUAAAUAGUUUUAUGGAAAAACUCAGAAUCCAGUAUUGCGGGACCGUUCCUGAUGAACUUUCAUCUCUAGUUGAAGAGUGCCAGGACUAUUUGGAAGAAACCGAGGAGAAGGUUAAAAUCGAAGUUGCACAGAGCUCUCCUUAUUACAUUAUGACCAAGAAGGUAGAGGAGAUUACGUCUGGCCUGAAGAGCAUUGAAAUUCUCUUAUCGCAGAAAAGUGAAAACAUUAGCAAAGCUAAAGAUCUUGAGAAGAAAAUGUGGGAUGAAAUGGAUGUUUGGCGAGGCAAACUGAAUGCACUGGAAUCUGAGGUUCAUGAUAUGGGAGAAGAAGACCCUAGCUUGAUGCAAGAAUGGAUGGACAACUUAACAGAGCCCUUUAACCAAUGCCAGCAGGUAUCAUACCUUGUGGAGCGCAGAACUGCUAGCUUGAACAAGGCAACUAGCAAGUUAGAAGAGUAUGAGGAAAUAUUAAAAAGUAUGGAAUUCUGGAUACAGAACACGGAUAAGCUGUUGAAUGAAGAAAUAAAGAAUUGUUCUGCAAAAUUUUUAAGCAAACACGUUGCUGCUCUAGAGAUGGCUUUGGACGAUUCUGAUCAGAGGCAGAGUAUUCUGGGAAAUAUUCAUAAUGAGCUGGGUGAAUUAUCUGUGAUCUUUGAAACAGACAGCACAGCAAAACGCCUGAGUGAGAUUAGCAGCCAAGUGACUGAGUUGCAGAAAAGGAUUGUGGCCAUUUUACCUCACAUCCAGUUUGUAGCAGAUGAGUUAGAUGCUAUUGAAGGAACACUGAAGACAAUUGCAAAGAAAACAGAAACAAUAAAGACUAUUUUGACAUCUAAUGAUAUUGUUGAUAUGUCACCCAAAGAGCACUAUAAUAAUGGAAAGGUUAUUCUAGAGAACAUUGAGUCGAUGAAGAAGACAGUUGCUAACAUUGACGACUACAAACCAAAUAUGAUGCUGAAGGAUGCUGGAGUUCACUCUCUAUCUGCAUUCAGAAAAACAGGCCAGUUUAUGAAAGAGCUACAGGUGCUGGAAAAAGCAACCAGAGAACAAAACCUACUCCUUGAGCCAAUCAUUACCGAAAUGACAGAACUGGAAAAAGAGCAGGAGAAAUUUAAGCAUUUUCCAAAGCAUUCCUCAACCGAAGCCAUGGAUAUAAAGGAAAAAUGUGAAACUAUAAAGGAAAAACUAGAUGGGUUAAAUCAAAAGAAGGAAGAAGUCCUAUCACUUUCACGGAGCUUGAUCAGUGAACAGCUUGAACAUUUACUGCUGGAACAACAACAACAGGAGAUGGCGGCAGAGAGUUCUACAGUGCCUGAAGAGGCAAACACCAGCAGUAGUGAGGCUCUGCACAACCAGGCUAAAAGAACAGAUUACUUUGUUUUACCAUCAGUGGUUGAAGAAGCUGAAGAAGUCUCUUUCAGUACUGAGGAAGAAGAAAAUAAACCAGUUCCCAGCCAGCAAGAUGACCUUAUGGAAUCUGAAGAUACAAGUGAAUCGAACAACAUCCAGUUGCCCUCAUUUGGCUUUUCCCAGGGGGAAGAAAGUAAAACCUCGACUGGCAAACAGAAAGACCUGGAGAUGAUCCUGUGCGAGUGCCAGAGAAGGGCAACAGAGGUUGAGCUUUGGCUCCAAAGGUUAAAUCUAUCAUUAGAAACGAGCAAACAAGUCUCUGAAAUGCAGCAGAUAGUGGAACAGCAACUUGCAGACUGCCAGAAUACAUUACAGGAGAUUGAAAAGAAGAUAUGCACUAUGUUGGAAGGGGACAGACACCGGAAUCAAGGAAAUGGGGCAAUGUUCAAAGAGGCUGAAACCUUGUCCUUAAAGCUGACUACACUUAAGAGCUGUUUAGAGAAUGUACAGGCAAUGCUGCAAGCCAAAACUACUAUUGGAGAGGUUCAGAAUGAAGUGAAUAUGUCAUUAAAGAUAAAGGAGGCUAUACAGCUAGAAGAGCAGAGAGGGCCUGAGCCCGACUCUACAGACAUAUCCAGAGUCUCUGGCAUAGAACUUCCUACAUCUAAAGAAGUACCUGGAGAAACACACCAAUGGGACAAAGUGGUCUCUGAACAAGUAAUAAUGGGAUCACCUUCAAGGAGUCAGAGUGUGGAACAAGUAUCAGAAAUAAAUGCUGCACCCGACAGCAAUAUCCCCAUAUAUUCACUAGAAGGUGUGAGCUGGAGCAAGUGGCGGUAUUUGCAAAAACAACUGUCAUACAGAAUAGAUGAUGUGAAUAAGUCAGUGAGUGCCAAAGAAGUGAAAAUAAGCAUUGCGCCAAGGUUUUCUUUGACAAGAACAAAAUUACCAGUUACUGAAGAACUGAAUAAUAUAACAAUUCAGCUAAAAUCCCUGGCGAAAGAAGUGUCUGUUCUCAGUAAUCAGGAAAAAGAAAGUUAUCUCCUGAAAACACUAUUUUCUUGGCUUUAUGCUUCUGCACAAUGGCUGCAAAACACAGAUGAAAUAUUAGCCAGAGAGAUGUUUUCCAAAGAGGAAGCAGUGUCACAGCAGGUCCUGUGUGAGAAACUGACAGAAGAAUUAGAUACACUGCAAGCCGCUAUGGCCAAUAAUAAAGAAGCUCUCUUACAGCCAGUCGCCCAUAAUGAUGAAUGUACAGCAGUAAUAUCACAGUGUUACAAUAACAUGUGGGCUUGGCUACUGCAGACUCGUAGUGCUGCUGAAUCCAAAGUAAAAUGUAUACAGACAGAGCUUGAAAAGCACAGCUUAUACCCGAAUGACAUACAGCAGUUAUAUGAGUCCCUUCUUGAAAUCAAGUCUGAAAUAUUGAAAGAAUCCAGAAAUGCUGGACAGACUUCUGAGCAACUUCAGAAAUCUGUUACAUAUGAGUCAGAACUCAAAAACUUUGAAGGUCAGUUGCCUUUACUUAAAGAAAAAGGAGAGACACUCUCUGUACCUGUGGCCUUGAACCAAGAAAUACACAAAGUAGAGGAAGUGCUUAAUGACACUUGGAGGAUUUUACGUGCAAAACAGGAAGAGUGGACAAGUGCCUCUGUCAACAAGUCCCAGUGGAACGCACUGCGUUGUGGGAUUGUAGAUCUACUGGAAGUUGGAAAAGAAAAGCUUUCCAGCAGUAAGGCCCAUCGGCCAACGAGUAAAGAAGCCCUUACAUCCCAGUUAGAGAAGUAUAGGAACUUUUUCAACAUGCUGGAAAAUCAAGUCAUUUUGGUGCAGAUGUACUUCUCAACAGCCCCUCAGGAAGAACUCAGCAAAGACAUCCAAGGAAGCAUUGUGUUUGACUCCAUAUCACUACAGGAAGAGGCUGAGCCACAUGGAAUUCAAAUUAAGAGCACACUAAGGGAUUGGAGAGACUUUGAUUUAAGAUAUGACCAUUUCAACAAAGAGCUAGAAAAUCUAAUAUAUCUUGUCCCAGCUAUUGGUUUGGUGGAAGAGUCAGAAGAACGAGUUGCAGAAAGGAUCCACCAGUAUCAGCACAUAAAAAUACAUAUUGAGGAUGUAGAGUCCAGGUUGUGCCAAGUUAUUGCUGAUGGAAAAAAACUGAUCACAGUGGUAAAUUGUCCAGAGCUGGAAACCCAAAUCAAGAAACUAGAAAAGCAAUGGUCUCAGUUAACUCAGAAAGUUACCCAUGAGCUGCAUCGCCUGGAAUCCCUCCUCAGACAUUUGGGCAGCUACAAUAGGAAUUCAGCAGAAUUAUCAGUAUGGUUUGAGUCUGCUCAUCAGAGGCUGAACAGCUGGAAGCUGCAAUCCCUGGACGCCUCUCAGGAUUUGGAAACUGUCAAAAACAAUCUCACCAGUUUAUUUGAAUUCACAAAUGAAGUUGAUCGGAAAUCUUCCUUGAAGACUUUAGUGCUAAACACUGGUUCUCAACUCCUCCGCCUAAAGGAAUCUGAUACUGCUGUUCUGAAAGUCAGCCUGGCAAAUUUUGAGGAGAAGUGGGGCGAACUGAUAGCUGGUCUGCCAGUUGUCCAAGAAAAACUUCAGCAGCUUUUGAUGGAAAAGCUCCCAUCUCGGGAAGCCAUUUAUGAACUGAUGGUUUGGAUGGACAAAGCAGAAUAUACCAAGGAACCUGUUGAUGGAGAAAAAGCCCAGAAAUCUGUAUCUCGUGUACGUUCACUUCUUCAGGAAUGUAAGGACUUCAAAAAAGAAAUGAACCACAAACAGUGCAUUGUUGAUUUUGUGAACCAGUCAUUACUUCAGCUGAGUGCUGGUGAUGUGGAAAGUAAAAGGUAUGAGAAAACAGAAUUUGCUGAAUCCCUGGGCACCAUGAACCUACAGUGGCACCAAAUGCACGGCGAUCUCAGUAGAAAGAUUCAACAACUGGAGCAUACACUUGAAAUUAUAACAGUAAAGGAGAACGAAAUGAAAGCUUUAAACAAUUGGUUUGAUGCCCAACAACAGAGGCUGGAGAAAUUAAAAAGACCAAUAAGUAUGUCAGCAGUUGAGUGCACUCUGGCUGACUGUAAGGACAUGGUUGAGCAACUAGUCUUGAAAUCAAGUGCAGCAGAAAACCUGAAGAAGGACCUAGAGCUGAUGGGAAUUGAUGACCACAGCCAAAAAGAAAGCGGCGUUGUGACAGAAACUUUAUUAAAAAAGAGAGACUCUUUUGCCAGCCAGGUUGCAGAAGUGAAAUCCCAUAUAACAUCUACCCUACAGCACUGGAAAACAUUUGAUGAAAAUUAUGAAGACUUGAACAAGUUGACAGUCAAACUAAUAUAUAUUCUAGGACAAAACAAACCAUCUGUGUCCUCCCAACCUAUUCUUCAGAACCGAUUAAAAAGACUGCAGUCUCUCCUGGAGGAAGUGGAACAACAGGAAGAGAAAUGGAUAAAGCUCAGACUUUCUCUGGAUAGCAUGGCAGACUUGUGCAGUCCAUCAGUUGUAGCCAUUCUACAGGAGAAACAAUUGGAGGCACAUGCGAGGUGGGACGCAGCACAUCAGGAACUUGCCUGCCACAUACAGGCUGCACAGAUCUUACUGCAGCUCUGGGAGCAAUACCACAAUUCCUACCUGGAACACACACAAAAAUUGGAGCAACUUGAAGAAAAAUGUAGUGAGCUUGUAUAUGGGAAGAUUUCUGAAGACAAGGAGACUGACACCUUGCAGCAGAGGAUACAGGAUUUGCAGGAGUUUAAACAAGCUCUUCGGGAGUUGAGGUCACAUGUAAUUCAGGUGUCUGAGAUGGCAGAUAAAGUGUUAGAGCAAGAUCCUGCCGCAUCCGAUAUUAUUCUUUCUGAGCGAUCACGCUCUUCUCAAAGAAUAGCUGCCCUGGAAAGAAGAGCAGCGUCCAGAUCUGCUGAACUGACGUUGAUUAUGAAUGACGUCAAAGCAUUUAAGGAAAACCUGGAGACCAUUCAAGCACAAGUACAGUCAUCUGCUAAUAUUGUUGGCACUAUGUGCCUGUCUGGGAAAGAGAGAGAAGAGAAAUCGGAAGUAAUAAAGCAACAGCUUUUAGAGCUCAGUGAAUUAUCUUCAGACAUUGAGCAUUUGAAUGAGGAGAGCUAUGCACUUCCAUUUGAUGACGCGACGCUGAAGCUGCUACUGAAUCUGAAUAGUUUGUGGACAAAAACAACGGAAAGUGCGCUGGAAGAAUGCAGGGAACACCAGAUGAAUCAACUGGAAAAAAAGAACUUUGUUCAAAACUAUGAAACCUGGCUGCACUCUAUUGAGAAGCUGGAGGACAGUCUCACUGGAGGAAUUGCAAGAACCUUUGUAGAGUUAAAGCAACAGCAACACAAUUAUGAGAGGCUUCUGGCUGAAAUUGCUAUAAAUGAACACAUUUUACCCUGUUUCGUAAGAAAAGCAUUGGCGCUUUUAGAAGCAGGAGAAGAAGAAAACAGUUCUGAGUUAAUCUUAAAGCUCACGGCCCUGACAGAGAAAUGGCAGAAUGUUAUUAGUCUGGUCCAUCAAAGAAAGAGGGGGAUAGAUGCCCUUAUUGGUCAGUGGUGUUUCUUCAACUGUUCCAGGGAGCGGCUCAGAAGUAGCCUCACUGAGAUACAAGCGGAUAUGGCAAGUGUGAGCAGCGAGAAAUGUCACAGUCUUUUCCAAAUAAGAAAACUGACACAUGACUUCAAGAGUAAAGAACUGCACCUAAGCAGAUGGAAGAACAUUUAUUCCACGGCUUUAGAUCAUGGCAAAGACUUGAUAUCAGUGGCUCAGCCUGAAAGCAAAAAUGCCUUGAAACAUGAUGUCACCCAACUGCAGGAACAGUGGGAAAGCACAAAGAAGCAGUUACAGACAAUUCUAAACCGUAACACUGCCACUCUACAGAAAUGGCAGAGCUUUGCAUGGACAGUGGAGGACAGAAGGAACAAUCUUCAUGAGCAGAAGCUCAGAGUAAAUGAACCUAUUCCAACACUGCUAGAAGAGCUACAGAAGGCUAAAGAAUCUAUAAAGGAGCUGGAGAAGUCGCUGGCUGAGUGGAAGCUGAAUUUGAGGGAGCUCAGCAACAUGAAAUCAGACUUAUCCCAGUGUAUCCUGGCCGAUGAUGGAGUGGUUCUGAAGAAGCAGAUAGAGGCUGUGCAUGUGCAGUGGGAAGAGCUGUGCCUCAGGGUGUCUGUGCGGAAGCAAGAGAUAGAGGACAGACUAAAUGCUUGGAAUGUGUUCAAUGAAAAGAAUAAAGAGCUGUGUGAAUGGCUGACUCAAAUGGAAAGCAAAGUGUUGCAAACAGCAGAUGUCAACAUCGAAGAAAUGAUAGAGAAACUUCAGAAGGACUGUAUGGAAGAAAUUAAUCUAUUCAGUGAGAAUAAGCAACACUUGAAACAAAUAGGUGACCAGCUGAUCAUUGCAAGCAACAAGGCAAGGGCUACAGAAAUUGACAACAAGCUCAAUAAAAUCAAUGAUCGUUGGCAGCACCUCUUUGAUAUCAUUAACUCACGGGUAAAGAAACUGAAGGAAACACUUGUGAUCAUCCAGCAAUUAGACAAAAAUAUGAGUAACCUCCGCACCUGGUUGGCCCAGAUUGAGUCUGAAUUAUCCAAGCCUGUCAUAUACAGCAUAUGUGAUGACAAAGAAAUCCAAAAUAAGCUUUCUGAGCAACAGGAUCUGCAUAAAGACAUUGAGCUACAAAGUGCUGGUGUUGCCUCUGUGUUGAAUAUUUGUGAGCGUCUUCUUCAUGAUACUGAUGCAUGUGCAAAUGAAACCGAGUGUGACUCCAUCCAGCAGACGACCAGGAGUCUUGAUAAACGCUGGCGGAACAUCUGUGCAAUGUCCAUGGAGAGACGACUGAGAAUUGAAGAAACCUGGCGCUUGUGGCAAAAGUUCUUGGAAGACUAUUCACGAUAUGAAGAGUGGCUUAAAGAGGCAGAAGCUACAGCUGCUUCCCCAGAGUCUUCCGAAGUGUUAUAUACACGCGCAAAAGAAGAACAAAAGAAGUUUGAGGCAUUCCAGAGACAAAUCCAUGAACGCCUUACUCACCUUGAGUUGGUCAAUAAGCAAUACCGGAGACUUGCCCGCGAGAAUCGUACAGAUGCAGCCAGUAAGCUCAAGCACAUGGUCCACCAAGGAAAUCAACGCUGGGACAUCCUCCAGAAACGAGUGGCUGCAAUUCUCAAAAGGCUCAAGCACUUUACCAGUCAAAGGGAAGAGUUUGAGGGAACAAGAGAAUCUAUAAUUGUCUGGCUGACUGAGAUGGACCUCCAGCUCACAAAUGUUGAGCAUUUCUCUGAAAGUGACAUUGAAGAAAAGAUGCGGCAGUUAAAUGAAUUUCAGCAGCAGAUCACACUGAACAUCAACAAGAUAGAUGAUCUUAUUCUUUCUGGAGAGCACCUGAUACAGAAAAGUCAGAUGAUGGAUGCAGUGGUCAUUGAAGAAGAAAUAGAAGAACUGCUGAAAUACCGCCAAGAAGUUUUUGGGCGGGUGUCUCGAUUCCACCAAAGACUGACCUCCAGAAAUCGGCUGUUAGAUGAAGAAAGAGAAACCUCUGAGAAUGAUACAGAUGCAGAAGAUUCAAGAGAGAUGCCAAAUUCUCCAUGGCAUUCAGCAAUUCAUGGAGCUGAAACUUCUCAUCCGUCCAUCUGCCACUUGAUGCCUCCAACCCUUCCUCAUGAGAGAUCUGGCCGUGAGACUCCUGUCAGUGUGGACUCCAUUCCACUAGAAUGGGACCAUACUGGCGAUGUUGGGGGCUCUUCUUCACAUGAAGAUGAUGAAGAAGGCACUUACUUCACCGCUUUAUCAGAUGUAGAAAUUCCAGAAAGUCCAGAGGCAUAUCUCAUAAUGACCACAAAAUCUGUACAAGAAUCUUCUGGUCAACCUGAUGUCAAAGUUACUUCGUGGCAUUCUCCUGUCAAACGGAGGACUCACAGAAAGCAUUCAGAGCGUGAGCAUGAGAAGGGACCCCGCACAGCUACAACUGGAACAAACACAACCUUUGAUUUGGCAAAUUCUGUAGUGAUGCCCAGUACUGCUGGCAUAGAAGAUUGCCAACAUACAGAGUCGUGUACUGGAAAUGAGCAACUUAAGGACCAGGGUCUUUUGGGUACCGCAAGUCCAGAGACUUAUACAGGUGUGAUUGAGCGAUGGGAAAUUAUCCAGGCUCAAAGCCUCAGUGAUGAACUGCGAAUGAAGCAAAGCUUACAACAGUGGCAGCAGUUCAACUCCGACUUGAAUGAUAUCACUUUGUGGCUGGAUAAGAUGGAGACGGACCUCGACGGCAUGAGUAAAGUGAAAUCGGCAUGCACCAUACAAGAACUUGAACAGAAAGUGUUGAAGCUUAAGGAUACACUGAGAGAGUUUGAUAACUUUAAAGCUCUGGUGAUCUCCGCAAACCUUAGCUGUAAAGAACUCCAACCUGAAAAUGAGUCCGAAUCUGGAGAUGUUCUGAACAGACUUCAUGGGGUGAACCUGCGCUGGGACAAUGCAUGCCAUAAAAGGGACGAAUGGAGGGAGAGUCUGCAGGGAGAGCUCAUGCAAUGUGAGGAGUUUCAUGAAACGGCUGAUGAGCUCUUACAUUCGCUAGCAAAAAAGGAAGAAAUUAGACUAAGAAAUCAAGUUACAGACUUCACUGUGGACCCAGACGUACUUCUGGAAAGACAAAAGGAGCUAUUGCAACUAGAACAUCACCUACUUGAACUGCAGGGUCAAGUCAACACUUUACAAGAUAUUUCCAGUUGCCUGCUGAAUAAAACAGCAGCGGAUGAGCACACUGAAGCUGAAGAGAAGGUUCAUGUGGUGGGAAUGAAAGUGAAGCAGCUAUUGAAAGGGGUUUCUCAAGAGUUGCAGACUGUUCAGCAAGCCCUGGACUAUUCUCCACAUCAUGGAAUUGAUACCUUGGAUUCUAUACCAUCGGAGAGUUAUGCUGAAGUUGAAGCAGCAUCAAAAAGCACAGUGAGGACUACUGAACAGUCACGCACGGUCCAAGAGGUCCCCAGGAACCGCUCACUGUUUUAUCGAGUGCUGAGAGCAGCUUUUCCAUUCCAGCUGUUGUUGCUGCUGCUGUUGCUCCUUGCAUGCAUGAUCCCAUUCUCAGAAGAAGACUUUAGCUGUGCACAUGCAAACAACUUUGCCAGGUCCUUCUAUCCAAUGCUCAGAUACACCAAUGGACCUCCCCCUACAUAACAAGCAGGAUAAUCAAGUGGACUUUUCAAACCAGCAAAGUGACAUUCCAUCAGUGUCUCUAGCCAGACCUGAACACUAUCAUGUAGGAUACCAUGAAACCAUCAGCAGUUGUCUACUGACAGUGCUCCAGCAAAAUGAGCCUAAGAAGCUAAUAGUGUUCUGCAUGCACAUAGUAACUUUACUUUAUGGUGGCAAGUCACACAUAUAGCCAUGUUACAUACGUAGCAAAGCAAUAACAUGUUUAUAUUUAAUUUCAAUUGUUUUAUGUACAUGAAUCUAAGGAGAUUUUAAUGCAUGGACAUGGCUGUAAUGUGUUUUUAUUUAUGUAAUAUGUUAAUUACUGUGUAAAUUAGCUCAUAUUUUGCUAAAUGGAUAUAUCUUUACCAAAUAAUUAGAUGUACAGUGAUUUGUUUUUUUUUUUAUUUAGGGGUUUCUCCUACCAGGUUGUACAGUAGUUACGUUACUCUUUCAAGUCAUUUAAAUGACACUGAAAAAGUAUUGGGUGAGGAUCAGACUGUCCAAAACUGGUUCUUAUGCUUUCUGGUAUUUGUUGCAAAUCCCACCAGCAGAGAGAAAGAUGUUUAUAUGAAACAAAUACAUCUCAAUAAACUUCCCAUACUCUUUGUAAA